AUGGUGUCGCCUUUGCCACCUCCAGCUCCAACUCCUCCCACCGGCGCCAUGGUUCCUCCCACUGGUGACCGCACUUCCAACCUGCUGAACUUGCUCAAGUUCAGCGGUGCUGGCGGUCAGCCGUCGCAGGCUCAAGCCCAGACUUUCCAGCAGAGUCAGGACUCGUUCCAGCAUUUUCAACAGCACCAGCACCAGCCGCAGCCGCCGUUGCAGCAACAGCAGCAACAGCAGCCGCAGCACCCUCUCCAGCACCACCAACAGUCGCAUCAUCAAGCUCAGCAUCAACAUCAGCACCAGGCAGGUCCUGCUAUGCAGGCCCCUGCUCCUUUCCCGACGCAGAUCCUGGCCCCUGCCCCUUCGUCGCAGGACCCUACUGGCCUCCUCCGUGCUCUCAUGAGCGGAAGCCACGAGAACGAGGAGCCCAAGCAACACGAUGCUCCGCCGACCGCGACCUUUGGUGCUGCGUCGCCGCCCGACGAGACACGCACUUACCUGCUUAAUCUCCUCAACCGCCCGAAGCCCAGCCAAAACGAUCAGCCUCUCCUAAACGAGGGCUCUCGCCACGGCAGCUUCCAGCAGUCGAACGAGUCACCCGUCGAUACCUCCAGGCAUCUGCACCAGGUCCUGGACAACGCAUCGCAGGGACAGAGUUCUUCGCACCUAUCCCAGCACAACCAGUACGAGACCUCCGACAGGCACCACUACGAGCAGCCUGCCGCCGGCUACGGCUCGUACUCGUUCCAACCCAACCAGGAUGGUAGCAUUCCUGUGUCUAGGCUGUUUGGCAACAGCUACAACAACUACGAGGAUCACCAGACCUCGUCGUCACAGCACCAUACCCCCAAGUCCAGCAACGCCGCUGUGCCCCACGCCCACUCGGCCGGACAGUCUCCCGCUGGACCUCCCUUCCUGAUCCUGAAGAAGGGAGACGGCUCGCCCACGCCUCCAGGUGCAGGCCGCAAGAACAUCAGCCACGAGCGGAGCCCUCUCGCUAGCCCCCAGAGCCUCCGCAGCCAGGCUGUUCACAGCACUGUGUCCCCUGCGGGUAACGCCAUUGGCAACCCGACCCCCGGUUCUGCGGCCUCGCUUGCCAGUCCGGGCCGUGCUGACAGGAACCCGGAGACUGUCUCGGAAGCUAUGCAUGAUCUUGCCGAAACGGCGGACCAGGAAGCUCAGGAGGCACUUGCCCGCGCCGAGGACGAGCCUGACCAAUCUGAUUACCUGAAGGACCUUGACGACUUGGAUAACGCGAGGACCGAGCAGGAAUUUGAAGAUAUUGCGCAGCAUGCUGCUCUAGCCAUCAAGAAGGAGCUGGAUCGAGCCGAGAACAGCGGUGCUCUCGAAAAGAUCAUGUCACCCGAGGCCGCUCUCGAGGUUCGUGAGAUCGUCGAGGACGCUGCUGCCGGACACGCCGAUCACUCCAAUGAGGCAGCUGACGGCGUCGCUGACAGCUGGGAAAGCGCCGACCAGGAUGAGAUCGUCGUCAUCGAGGAAGAGCCUGCCCAGCCUGUCAAGGUCUACAACUUCCCUAUGAAGCCGUGGAUCAGCAUUCAAGUCAACGACAAUGGCGAUAUUGAGCGUCCUCAGCUGCGUGACGAGGCUAUUAUGGAUAUCGCUCGCCUCAAGAAGGAGUUUGACCAGAUCGACCGUAACCUUUACACGGCCACUGAGCGGUACAUGGUGUACGGCAUGUCCAAGGCUGGCGGUCUGCGCGUCAUCCGCCAGGAAGAUGGUAGAGAUGCUAAGAUCUUCACCGACACCAAGGACCGCAUCUUCAACGUCGCCAUGUCCUGCACCGCCCCUGACCACGACGGCGCGCACCGGGAGACCAUCAUUGGUACUGGCAUCAGCGGCACCGUCUUCUGGGUGCAGAUUCGCAAUGGCGAAAAGGACCACAUUGAGGACGCGAACCCUGAGCAGUAUGGCUUUGCUCUUCCUCCCAUGUCGUUCCACGAGGGAGACACGCCGGGUGGAGUGCUCAAGACUCGCGCCCGCUCAUCCACCAUCCACCCCGAGUUCUUUGCUGUUGGCCGCGGAAAGUCUAUUAACAUUAUCUGGCCUUCGUUCAUCAUGCAGCAGAACCUCUUCAAGCCUGGUCACGACCGUGUCGUCGACACGGAGCAACUGGCUAAACAGUGUUCGUUGAAAAUCAACACUGGCAAGGCUGGCAAGGACUUCACCUUCAGCCAGGACGAUACCGUCAUCGUUUCGCUUGACAAGUCUGGCCGCGUCAAGUUCUGGGAUGUUCGAGAUCUCACCGCAGCCAAGGAGGGCAGCGACCCUCGCGCCCCUACCCCUGCGCACACUUCUCUGGAGGCAUGGCCGACCUCGGUUCUCUUGGUGGAUAAGCUCCGCCCCUACCAGAAGCGUUGCGCGCUGCGUUACAUGAUUAUCGGCAUGAAGCAGAACCACACACUUCAGCUUUGGGACCUGGCCCUCGGUAAGCCCGUUCAGGAGUUCAACCUCCCACACAGCAAGGAGUCAGACGCAGUGUGCAGCGUCAUGUACCACGCGCCUACCGGCAUGUUGAUCAUUGGUCAUCCAACACGCAACUCGAUCUACUUCGCACACCUAUCGGCACCUAAGUAUAACCUCAAGAGCGUUUCGCAGGUCGACUACAUCAAGCGCCUCAUUGAUCAUGACACCACCAUUCCCCAGCCUGACUCGACCGCGGUCAUUAGCGGUGUCCGCGAAUACUCGUUUGCCAACCGAGGAAUUCUGCGCAGUCUCGACCUGCUGUCCACCCCUGCCAUGAGCCAAGACUCUGACGAGCCGACCUUGUUCGAGCUUUAUGCGAUGCACUCCAAGGGUGUCGCGUGUCUCUUGAUCAAGCAGGCAGAGCUCGGCUGGUCCAAAGAUAACAAGGUCCUUGCACCGGUCUCAGCUGUCGAUGCUGGUGUUGUGAGCAUUUCCAAGCUCAAGCCACCUCAUGCCCUGCCGGCCGAGCCCGCCCAUCAGGAGCCUGCACCUGCGCUUCCGGCUCCUGCUCGUUCCAACACCAAAGAGUCUACUGCGCACACCGCGCCCUCUUCCCAAGAUGAGACCGCCACGCGCCCCACGGCUGCCUCCAAGAAACAGGAAUCCAAGGACGAGGACACUCCGACGACCGCUCCCGUCAAGGACGACAAGCCUGAGAAGGCGGAGCGCAAGGGUCGCAAGAAGAAGGCGGCCGCAGUCGCUGCAGCUGCCGCUCUAGCUGCCGAAUCGCAGUCGCAAUCCAAUGGUGGCAGCCAGUCACCUCGCGUCACCCCCAAAGACUCGAAGAGCGCCACCGCUGCUGUUCCUGCGGUGCCCUCGAGCUAUGUGUCGAUGGAGUCUAUCGAGACUGUCAUGAAUUCUUUGACAACGAUGGAGUCUCGUCUGAACAGCAGCUUCGCCGGUACCAUCAAUGCCGCCAUCAAGUCACUUCACACCAAGCUGGAAGACGGACAGCGCGAGCGUGAGAAAGACUUUGACCAGCAUCAGAAGACCUUGUUGACCAUGAUCUCUGAUGUUCUCAAUGAGAACACCCAGAAGGUCUUGGAAUCCUUGAUCCAGGGACAAUUCGACCUCGCCAUGCCUACCAUUUCGGAUGUUGCGCGCAAGGCGGUCUCGGAGCAGUUCAGCUCUGGCACAAACCGCCAGCUGUCGCAGACCAUUCAGAAGGAGAUCAACAAGAGCCUUCCCUCGGCAACACAGCAUGCUCUGCAGAGCACCGACUUCAUCAAGGGACUCUCCGACCGUGUUGGGUCUACAGUUGCUGCGAACGUCCAACGCGAAGUGGUCCACUCGCUGACCAACCAAAUGUCGACUGCUUUCACCGUGAUGGCCACCACAGCUUGCCAACAGGUUGCCGACGAUUUGCAGCGUCAACACCACUCCGAGAUGACAGCACUUCACGAACAGCGUGCUGCUGAUAGCAAGAAGAUCGACGAGCUGCACACUGCUUUCGCGCAGUUGACCAGCAUGGUAUCUGGCAUGGCAGCCACACAGGAGCAGUUCCAAACCGAGUUCAUUCGCUUCCAGCAGCAAACGACGAAGAACCCUGGUCCCUUGCAGCAGGCGAUCCCUGCUCAGCAGCACCAGCUCCCACCGGCUAUACAGGGCCAGGAGUAUGGGCCGCGUCACGGCCAGGGACCUAGCCAGGUCCACAGCCAGGGCCUCACCCAGAUGCAGCAGCAGGUCCAGCGAAUGCAGGAGCACAUGCAGCAGCAGCAGCAGCAGCAGCAAGGCAGCCAGCAUUAUGGUUCGAUGCAGAGCCCCGAGGCAUCGCAGCACCGUUCUGUGGGCUAUCAGCAGUCCCAGGCGUCUUCCCACGGACAUGGGCAACACGGGGCACCCUACCAGCAGAGUCAUGCCAACUCGCAGGCGCUCACCCUCGCCAACCAAAGCCAGGGCGAAGAGGAGUUUGACCAGGAGCUGGCUGACUGUGUGGCUCGGAUUGACGGUCUUAUCAAAGCAGGCAGGACUGAAGAUGCCCUGCUUCGCUGGCUGCAGUCUGGUCGUGAGCAGUUCAUCUUCGACCGACUCAUGAGCAAGUACAGCCCGCAGCUGGUUCUUGAUGGCAUGCCUGGUCUGCUCCUACUCACAAUCGCAACCACGAUUUGCCAAAGCCUUGACUCUGUUACCCGUGAGCGUGUUGCCUGGCUCGAGGUGGUCGUUCAUAAGAUCAGUACUGAUUUUGACAACAUGGAGGCCGAUGCUCGCGCCAUCACCCCUAAGAUUUUCCACCUUAUCAUCACCAAUACGGAGAACCUGUUUGUUCGGAUUAGCAGCACUCGUGGCAACGAUCCCAUCCUGAAGAACCUCUCCCAGAUGAUGGGCGUUGCCAAGCGCACGCUUGAAACCCACAGCACUCGCCAUUACGGCUGAGCCUUCCACACGGCAGGCGAGCUUGUUGUCUCGCAAUUUGACGACAUGACGAUUUCUAGUACAUAGAGAGGCAUCCCUGCAGAAGGAGCUUAACCAAGCUCGACAUAAUCUGGAGCUGAUAGGUAUGCGAGUCGAGGGUCGCCAUACUGGCCUUAUUUCUCGCACCCAUUGGGAGCCAAGGUAAUGGGCCACGGUACAUACCGC